UUUCAGGUAGGUACACGUCAUGUCAAAUAAAAUUGACUUUGCACUUUGAGAGAAUAUGAGUCAUUGAUAUUUUCAAUUGCAUACGAUUUCGUGGUCUCUUUAGUAUAAAACUAGUGUGAACUCAAUUAUAUCGUAAGUAGAACCUAUAUAGACGCAAGAUGAGUUUGCAGUGGACGAUAAUCGCUACUUUUUUGUACGCUGAAAUAGCGAUCGUACUUCUUUUGACUUUGCCAAUAGCGAGUCCUUCAAGAUGGCAAAAGUUCUUCAAAUCAAAGUUUUUAGCGUAUGUAAGUGGCCAGGCAUCCAUAUACUUCUUGGUAUUGAUCGGAGUUUUGAUCCUAUGCCUCCUAGAUGCUAUCCGUGAGAUGCAAAAAUACUCUAACAUGGAAACGACCGACCAUCAGCACCUCGACGCGGAAAUGCAAGGUAACAUGCGGCUUUUCCGUGCGCAAAGAAACUUCUACAUUUCUGGAUUUGCAUUGUUCCUUCUUGUUGUAAUUCGUCGUCUAGUGCAAAUGAUCUCUGAAUUGGCUACUCUAUAUGCGCAAGCUGAGGCUAACUUCAGACAAGCGCAAAGCGCGUCGGCGGCCGCCAAGAGCCUCCUUGCGCAACAAGGCUCUGGUGAUGAAAAGAGCAAGAAGGAUCUGGAAGAACUUGAGACCAAGAUUUUGAAUUUGGAAAAAGAACUGUCCAGGGAAAAGAAGGACAAGGAAGCUGUCAAAUCUCAGGCUGAAAGCUUAAACAAGGAGUACGACAGGUUGUCAGAAGAGUACAGCAAAUUGCAAAAGAAGAUCACAGUUGCAGGUGGUGAUAAGAAAGAUGAAUAAGCAUUUAAUAUCAUGGGUAUUAAGUCCAACUUUUAAAUUUAUAUUUAAGAUCUCUAUUUUUGAGCAAAAUCAAAUAAACUUCAAAAUGUCAGUUGUACUAAACGGCAACUGUGGCUUAUCUGUAAAUUAUUGUUAUUGCAUCAAUCAUCAAUGCUUUAUUAAUGUUAUCAUAUCAGUCAUAUAAAUAAAUCAAGAACGAUUAUAACUAUUUUUAAUAAUGAAUCAGCUCUGUGAUUCAUUCUAGCCUUGAACAAAUGCCUUGUGAAAGAGAAUAUUUUCCAAUAAUUAUUUAAAGAUGUUUGUCUUCUGUUUCUGUUUGCUUAGUAUUAGCUGAAAAAGUCUGAUUUAGUUGUUUUGGGGCAUUUUUAUUAGAUAAGUGUGUAAUGUUGAGAAUUGUUAAGCUAUUGCAUAGCUUCUAUCGCUGGCCUUGAGCGCGGGGACCGAAUCGAGAAAUUCCGUAACGAAAAAACCUCACCCUACUCCGGCGGGCGGAGGUGUGGCUUGAAGGCAUAGCAUGCAAUAGCUUUACUGUGGCAGUCCCCGAGUGCCACACAUCGCUUUUUUAAAUAUUUGAGUUGCUUUUACUUGGUUGUUUCUAUACACAAGUUUUUGAUUCUUACUACCUAUAUUUUAUUAUGAAUAUUGUGCUUUGGUUUAUUUAGUUCUUUGUAUGCUACAUGUUUGAUUUUCUUUGAAAUAGAAUUAUUGUGUGCCAGCUGAUCAUGUUCUUUUCAUCAUAUUAUUGGAAUCAUCGAAUGUAUAGAAACAAAAUUUUGUCAUAAGAACAUUUGUUGUUCUCUAAAUUUAAUAAUUCUCUCUUUAAUAAUUUAUAAUAUUAUAUAGAUGUAUUUUUGCAUUUUAACCUUUAACAAAAGUAAAAGGAUUAUAUGGGUUAGGUUAACUUAUUACAACUUUGUUUAUUGUGGUGUUGUAAUGUGAAAAUAAAUAUUUUUUAUUAA